AUGCCCCCGACUGAUCCGAAGGAGUGGGUCAAGAAGGUGCGGUCCAAGACGCCUGUUCUUCUGGAGGUGGGGAAGCCGGCGCCCAAGGCGGUGCUGAGCUUUGGCGGUUGCGGGUUUCUAGUCACAUAUGCGCUUGGUGUGGCGCUUUAUUUGCAGCAAGAGAAGCCAGAGUUUCUGGCGCAUUCGUUUCUACUAGGGGCGGGUACAGGCGUCAUCCCGGCUGUGGCUCUUGCCUGCGGGUCAAAGGCUGUCAAUAUCGAAAAGGUUCGUGACGCUAUCGUUAACAACCGAUUUUUGGUGACCGACGAGGAAAAGCGUGUAGAGGUACUCACAGAGUGCAUUAACAAGCUCCUUCCUCGUAACGCGGUGGAUCUUGUAAACGGACGUCUUGCUCUCACCAUUGGUUUCUCAAACAAGGAUCCGGGUUACAUGAGACAGACGAAAGAGAAUGUCCAUUUUGGCCACCACAUUGCGCAAUGGACAGAUGUUAACGAUCUGGCGCAAUGCAUUAUGGCAGCUACAGCCCCAAAUACAGAAAAGCCGAUGAUUUUUCGUGAUGCAGAUAACGUUAUGCGUGGAACAAUGAUGUCGCUUAGUAGUGAACUUGACCAGUACUGUCGUCAUAUUUAUAUUCACGGUUAUGCGGGGUAUCCCUACAACAGGCAUCAAACGCGUCACAACAUUUUUUUUGGGCGACAUGGUUUUCUUGCCAAUACACAUUUCUCAUAUUGGCGUCAGGUGUGGCUUGCGUUCGCACCAAACAUAGGAGGGGCUGCAAGAAAGGAUGAGCUGCUUGAGGCGUAUGAUGCCGGGUACAACGACGCACGACGUUAUGAGCGCUGGGAGGAGGAUCCAUAUCACUUUGCAAAGGCUGACCGUUCAACAAGCGAUGACUUCAAUUUUCGCCAGCUCCGUGUCAACCUAUUUGGUGGUAAAAAAGCAGCUGAGCGCUUUGAACUAUGA